AAAAGGAGUGACUAAGCAUUAUUAAGAUUCUUGAUAUUAAAAAUCUGAUAAGAGAGAGAGAGAAUCAUGAAAAUUGGAUGACUUAAGAGAUAGAUGGUGUAAACACUCUUCUUCUCUCUUUUCUUUAUUUAAAGUCAGUCCAUAGAGAGAGCUUCACAAGUCAAAUCGAUCCAACUUCUCUUCUCUUUCAUAGUUUUUGUCGUCUUCUUCUUCGCCUGCGAAUCAUCCUUUCGACGAUCUUUACAUGUCGGCUAAUUUCGACGCGUAACAAGUUCUCCCUCCGUUUAGUGUGUGUGGCCGUGUGAAUUUUGAGAUCAGAAUCACUCGAAUUCUUCAGAUUCUCUCUUUCUCCUGGAAUCAAGCUGCAAAAAAUGGCUACAAAUACUUCAACUGGACACGCUUGUCCAGCUCCAAUGAAAGCAGCCUCUAAUGGAGUUUUCCAAGGAGAUAACCCGAUAGACUUCGCGUUACCUCUCGCGAUUCUGCAGAUAGUCAUCGUCGUGGUUCUCACUCGUGUUCUUGCUUACCUUUUAAGACCCCUGAGACAGCCCCGUGUUAUUGCAGAAGUCAUUGGUGGGAUUAUGCUUGGACCGUCUCUCCUCGGCCGUUCCAAGGCUUUUCUGGACGCUGUGUUCCCAAAGAAGAGCCUGACUGUUCUAGAAACUCUGGCUAAUCUCGGCCUUCUCUUCUUCCUUUUCCUCGCCGGUUUAGAGAUUGAUACCAAAUCCCUUCGACACACCGGGAAGAAGGCUUUGGGGAUUGCCUUGGCCGGAAUCUCCCUCCCGUUCGCUCUUGGCAUUGGUACUUCGUUCGUUCUCAGAGCCACAAUCUCCAAAGGAGUAGACAGCGUCGCGUUUCUCAUCUUCAUGGGUGUGGCGCUUUCCAUCACCGCGUUCCCUGUGUUGGCCCGUAUCUUGGCUGAGCUCAAGCUUCUAACCACUGAGAUUGGACGGCUCGCCAUGUCUGCAGCUGCGGUUAACGACGUGGCAGCUUGGAUUCUCCUUGCUCUAGCCAUUGCUCUCUCCGGAUCCGAUACCUCCCCUCUCGUCUCUCUUUGGGUUUUCCUUUCAGGGUGCGCUUUUGUCAUCGCUGCUGCUUUCAUCAUCCCGCCGAUCUUUACAUGGAUUUCCCGGAGGUGCCAUGAGGGCGAACCCAUCGAGGAAACCUACAUCUGCGCCACGUUAGCUGGCGUUCUUGUUUGCGGAUUCAUAACCGACGCCAUUGGAAUCCACUCCAUGUUUGGUGCUUUCGUGGUUGGUGUUUUGAUCCCAAAGGAAGGACCUUUCGCUGGUGCACUUGUCGAGAAGGUGGAGGAUCUUGUAUCCGGUCUCUUCUUGCCGCUUUACUUUGUGGCGAGUGGUCUGAAAACUAACGUCGCCACGAUCCAAGGAGCUCAGUCUUGGGGUCUUCUGGUUUUAGUCACAGUCACGGCUUGUUUUGGUAAGAUUGUUGGCACUCUCGGUGUUUCCCUCGCCUUCAAGAUACCUAUGCGAGAAGCCUUAGCACUGGGGUUCCUCAUGAACACUAAAGGAUUGGUCGAGCUCAUCGUCCUCAACAUCGGGAAAGAUCGAAAGGUUCUGAAUGAUCAGACAUUUUCCAUAAUGGUUCUAAUGGCUCUCUUCACAACAUUCAUCACCACGCCAAUCGUGAUGGCAGUGUACAAACCUGCGAGAAGAGCGAAGAAGGAAGGAGAAUAUAAACACAAGACGGUGGAGAGAGACAGCACAAACACACAGCUCAGGAUCCUCACGUGUUUCCACGGAGCAGGAAGCGUUCCUUCGAUGAUAAAUCUCCUCGAAGCAUCAAGAGGCAUCGAGAAAGGCGAAGGGCUCUGCGUCUACGCUCUGCACUUGAGAGAACUAUCAGAGAGGUCCUCAGCUAUUCUAAUGGUUCACAAAGUUCGCAAGAACGGGAUGCCGUUUUGGAACAGAAGAGGAGCAGACGCAGAUCAAGUCGUGGUUGCUUUCCAGGCUUUUCAGCAGUUGAGCAGAGUCAAUGUCCGACCAAUGACAGCGAUCUCCUCAAUGUCUGAUAUUCACGAAGACAUCUGUACGACCGCGUCGAGGAAACGAGCAGCGAUCGUGAUUCUGCCGUUCCACAAGCACCAGCAGCUCGACGGGUCGCUAGAGACGACGCGCGGAGAUUACCGGUGGGUUAAUCGGAGGGUUUUGGUUGACGCUCCUUGCUCCGUUGGGAUAUUCGUUGACCGUGGACUCGGUGGUUCCAGCCAAGUCUCGGCUCAGGACGUUUCUUACUCCGUCGUGGCUUUGUUCUUCGGCGGUCGUGACGAUCGCGAAGCUUUGGCGUACGGAUUACGCAUGGCGGAGCAUCCGGGAAUCACCUUGACGGUUUUCCGAUUUUUGGUCUCGGCGGAGAGAACCGGAGAGAUUACUCGUGUCGAGGUGAAUCACAGCAACGAGAAUCAGACCGGGAAAACCCAAAAAUCGGAUGAGGAGGUCAUGUCUGACAUCAGGAAAAAGUCGUCUGUGGAUGAAUCGAUCAAGCUCGUGGAGAAACGAGUGGAGAACCCCGCCGUGAAUGUUAGAUCGGCGAUUGAGGAAGUGCGGCGGAGCAAUCUGUUCUUGGUGGGUCGAAUGCCAGGUGGCGAAAUCGCAUUGGCUCUCCGGGAAAACAGCGAAUGCCCAGAGCUCGGACCUGUCGGAAGCUUGUUAAUCGCGCCGGAAUCAUCGACGAGAGCAUCGGUUUUGGUGAUUCAGCAGUAUAAUGGCACCGGAACAGCACCGGAUUUGGCUGCAGAUGGGACGGAGUUGUUGACUUCUUCGCCGGAGAAAGACUCUGAAUAAAUAAGUGGGUUACGAUUGGUUCUGGGGGUUGGUAAAUGGUUUACGCCUUUACGGUAAUUAGUGAAAAGCUGGUAAACGAAUACGGUUUAAUCAAAUAAAUUGCAAGUCCCAUUUAAGAUGUUCUCGCUAAUUUAAUUUUGUUUUUUCUUUAACCGGAUUGAGGCUUUUAAAAAUAGAAAAACGGCUCUUCUUUUGAUUAUCCAAUCCAACUAAUAUAAAUCAGAAGACAAAUUAAU